UUGAAACUGUCAAGUGGCUGCUAGGGGAGCCGCUGUGCUUGCUGUGGUUGCGGCGGCGACGCUGGCUGUCGCAACGAGUCAGGAGCCGGGGUUUGGCCGAGACAGUGGAUCCAGGUGGCGGCGCCCAGGCCGGUUCCUCCCUGUCAGGGUUGGAAGCAUCGUCCCUGGAGGUGCCAGAAAGAGAAGACACAAGUGAUGCGAACUAAAUAAGUGAAUCCAUUAGACAAGGAGCCCAGGGAUACUGAAGGCUGACUACUGCGUGCCCACAGCUGUACCCGAUGCUCCAGAGGCAACCUCAUGCCAAUACAGCUGGUACUGAACUCGCUGACCUGCCAGUCCCAUUGCGCCACAGUCCUUGCUUCGUGUUCGCAGAAUGUCAUCUGAUGGGGACAAGGGUUCACUUCAUGUUGCUCACGAUGACUCUGACCAUUCUGUCUCCACAGACCUUCAGGAGGAGUAUGAAGAACUGCUUCGCUAUGCUAUUGUGAAUCCAAAUGUUGAAUGCAGUGCUUCGCAGCCAUCUCACCUUAAAGGAGAAGUGGCACCGGAUAGAUUCCCUACGCUAGCUGGGUCACCCAGGAAGCCAUCUCACCCAGUCAUGGACUUUUUCAGCUCACAUGUUUUAGGUGACUCUUCCUCACCAGCCUCUCUUUCUACUCGGACAGAUGCCCAUGAAAUAAAUGGGGGGGAACAUCUCAUCUCUGAUGAAAGUUUUCAGAAGUUGGAGAAUAUACUUGAUAUCUGGAGUUCGGGUCUGAAGACGAACGUUUUGUCUGAGCUAAGUAAGUGGAGACUGAACUUUAUUGACUGGCACCGGAUGGAGAUGAAGAAGGAGAAGGAAAAGCAGGCGUUGAUCGUGAAGCAGCUGUCAAACCAGAUCUCAGACCUGAAGGAGCUGCAGAAAGCCUUUGAGAUCUCCAUCGGGAGAAAGGAUGAGGUGAUUUCCAACCUGUCUCGUGCCAUCGGCAAGCAAAAGGAGAGGAUAGAGUUAAUGAAAAGCUUCUUUCGCUGGAGGAUCGGCCAUGUCAAAUCCAGACAGGAAAUUUAUGAAGGUAAACUGGCUGACCAGUACUUUCAGAGAACUUUGCUGAAGAAAGUCUGGAAGGGCUGGCACUCUGUGGUACAGAGGCAGUGGAAAGAUGUGGUGGAACGUGCGUGCCAAGCGAGGGCUGAACAAGUAUGUGUGCAGAUCUCCAAUGAUUAUGAAGCCAGACUAGCUAUGUUAUCUGGAGCUUUGGAAAAUGCAAAGGCCGAAAUUCAAAAAAUGCAGCAGGAAAAAGACCAUUUCGAAGACUCCAUGAAGAAAGCAUUCAUGCGGGGAGUGUGUGCAUUAAAUCUGGAGGCCAUGACCAUAUUUCAGAACAAAAAUGAGGCAGGGAUAGACUUCACAAAUAAUAAAAAGGAAGAGAGUGGCCCUGGUGGUCCCGGAAGAGAGCCUUCUGCUCACUUGGAUACUUCUUCGUCCACAAUGCCGUCAGCAGUUCCGUCACAGCUGCUGCCCUCUGGAACAUUAGCAGCAGGAGUAGCCAGUGCCACUGCCUUUCCCUCCGCUGCUUCCCUGACCUCGGCCGGAGCUACAUCGGCCUCUUCUGUUCAUGUUCCCAUCUCUGUUCUCAGUGCAGGAUCUGCAGCUACUCCUGCCCCAGAAGAAUCGUACGCACCAAGAGUCGUGACUGCAGCCCAGCAGAAAGCUGGGAAGACAAUUACAGCCCGGAUCACAGGCCGGUGUGAUUUUGGUUCCAAAGCUAGAAUCAACAGCAGUUUGGCGAUAAUGGGAGUCUCUCCUCCCAUGGGCUCCGUUGUGGUGGAGAAACAUCAUCCAGUUACAGUGCAAACCAUUCCUCAGGCAACUGCUGCCAAGUACCCACGGACCAUCCAUCCUGAAAACAGCAUCUCCACUUCUAGGUCUCUCGGAGCCAGGCCAGGCCAUGCCCAGUCUCUCUCAGUUCAGUCGAUAAAAGUGGUUGACUAGAGGGGCUGUGUUCACACUCAGGGCUAUCAGUCCUCUGAUAAGGACUUUGCUGGGAGCAGCAAGCUUCUUGGUUUUGACUUUUCUGUACUGUCAGAGCAUCAUGGACAAUAUCAUGUGCAUCUUCUCAGAAUUACAAGAGACUUCCCCAUCCUUUGUAACUGUAUGUAUAGAUUAUUUUAAUGUUAUUUUUAUUUAAACAAUUAAGUGGAACUUUUUAAUUAAACAAACAAAAAACCUUGGUUCUGGGCAUGUACGGCCUGCCAGUGAUCGCCAUUGUGGAAGGCUAUAAAUCUUUUCCUGGACAUUAUUUCCAUUGUCGCUGGGCAGUAAUUUACAUAGAGCUUUGGAAGGGGCUUUACUCUCAUUACUAAAGCUGAUACAAGUCUUUUAACUUUUAAAUAAAGACCAAAAGUAGCAGUGACAUUUCUAAGCAGAGCUUUCCUGCCUUCGCUGUAUGGGCCUUCAUCUCUCAGGCUCUGGAAUUAAACACGGAGGGACACAAACAACAUCUGUAAAUAUUCAUAAGGCUAAAGGGGAAGAAAGUUUCUAAUUAGCACCAAAACAGAAAGGAAUUCCCUGCUGGGAUGAGCCCGCUUUCAUUUCUCUUGCCUGUCUCACUGAGCCUGCCUAGUUCUUUUUACUCAUCCACACAUGUGCUGCAGAGGAGUGGCGCUUUGAGACAGUAGACCUGGGUAAGCUUAAUGGCUAGCCAGUGUGAAUAGACUGAUAGGCCAGGCAUGAUGCGGCAUGGUUUUUUUAUCCCACCACGGGGGAGGUAGAGGUAAGUGGAUCUCUGAGGCCAGCCUGAUCUACAGAGUGAGUUCUGUCUCCAAAAAAAAAAAAAAGGAAAGAAGAAAGCAAGCAUCUGUGCAGAGCUGACGUAGGAGAAAAAGCUUCUUCAUGGCUUUCUUGCUGGUUGUGUUCUCUUAAGCCAAACAUUUUAAUAAAUGGAUUUCAAGGUC